CCGCGCCGGUUGCGUCAUCCGGGCGCGACCUUGCAGCAGGCGCCGGCGGAGCCUCGGAGCGCAGGCUCCUGCGGCAGCUGCAGCCGGCGGAGCGGCCCGGUGCGAACCGACAGGGCGGCCGCGGGCUGCGGGAGGCGGCCGGGCCCGGACAGCACAUGAUUUGGGACUUACUCUUUGUGACAUGGAUGAAUCUGCACUGACCCUUGGCACAAUAGAUCUUUCUUACCUGCCAAAUUCAUCAGAAUACAAUGUUGGUCGAUGCAAGCAUGCAAGUGAGGAAUGGGGUGAGUGUGGAUUCAGACCUACUGUCUUCAGAUCGGCAACCUUAAAAUGGAAAGAAAGCCUCAUAAGCCGGAAAAGACCAUUUGUUGGAAGAUGUUGUUAUUCCUGUACUCCCCAGAGCUGGGAUAAGUUUUUCAACUCCAGUAUUCCGUCUUUGGGUUUGCGGAAUGUUAUUUAUAUCAAUGAAACUCACACAAGGCACCGCGGAUGGCUUGCGAGACGUCUUUCUUACGUGCUUUUUGUUCAAGAGCGAGAUGUCCAUAAAGGCAUGUUUGCCACCAAUCUGACUGAAAAUGUACUGAACAGCAGUAGAGUACAAGAGGCAAUUGCAGAAGUAGCUGCUGAAUUAAACUCUGAUGGUUCUGCUCAACAGCAAUUAAAGGCCAUCAAUAAAGUGAAAAAGAAAGCAAAAAGGAUCCUUCAAGAAAUGGUUGCCACUGUCUCACCAGCAAUGAUCAGACUGACUGGAUGGGUGCUGCUCAAACUGUUUAACAGCUUCUUUUGGAAUAUUCAGAUUCACAAGGGUCAACUUGAAAUGGUUAAAGCUGCAACUGAGACGAAUUUGCCGCUUAUAUUUCUACCAGUUCAUAGAUCACAUAUUGACUAUCUACUGCUCACUUUCAUUCUCUUCUGCCAUAACAUCAAAGCACCAUAUAUCGCUUCAGGCAAUAAUCUCAACAUUCCCAUCUUCAGCACAUUGAUCCAUAAGCUUGGGGGCUUUUUCAUACGACGGAGGCUAGAUGAAACGCCAGAUGGACGGAAGGAUGUUCUCUACAGAGCUUUGCUCAAUGGGCAUAUAGUUGAACUCCUUCGACAGCAGCAGUUCUUAGAGAUUUUUCUGGAAGGCACACGUUCCAGGAGUGGAAAAACCUCCUGUGCUCGGGCAGGACUUUUGUCCGUUGUGGUAGAUACUCUGUCUACCAAUACCAUCCCAGACAUCUUGAUAAUACCCGUUGGCAUCUCCUAUGAUCGUAUUAUUGAAGGUCAUUACAAUGGCGAGCAACUGGGAAAACCUAAGAAGAAUGAAAGCCUUUGGAGUGUGGCUAGAGGUGUUAUCAGAAUGUUACGAAAAAACUAUGGGUGUGUCAGAGUGGAUUUUGCACAACCGUUUUCCUUAAAGGAAUAUUUAGAAAGUCAAAGUCAGAAGCCUGUGUCUGCUCCACUUUCUCUGGAGCAAGCAUUGUUACCAGCUAUACUUCCCUCUAGACCCAGUGACGAUGCUGAUGAAGGUACAGACACACCCGUUAAUGAGUCCAGGAAUGCCACAGAUGGAUCCACCCGAAGAGGACUCAUUUCCAGUCUAGCUGAGCACAUUCUCUUCACUGCCAGCAAAUCCUGUGCCAUUAUGUCAACACACAUCGUGGCCUGCCUGCUUCUCUACAGACACAGGCAGGGAAUUGAUUUUUCCACAUUGGUGGAGGACUUCUUUGUAAUGAAAGAGGAAGUCCUGGCUCGUGAUUUUGACCUGGGGUUCUCAGGAAAUUCAGAAGAUGUAGUCAUGCAUGCCAUACAGCUGCUGGGAAAUUGUGUCACAAUCACCCACACCAGCAGGAAUGAUGAGUUUUUUAUUACUCCCAGCACAACUGUCCCAUCCGUCUUUGAACUCAACUUCUACAGCAAUGGGGUACUUCAUGUUUUUAUCAUGGAAGCCAUCAUAGCCUGCAGCCUUUAUGCGGUUCUGAACAAGAGGGGCUCUGGAGGGCCUGUGGGUUCAUCCCCGAGCCUGGUCAGCCAGGAGCAGCUGGUGCGGAAGGCCGCCAGCCUGUGCUACCUUCUCUCUAAUGAGGGCACCAUAUCUCUGCCCUGUCAGACAUUUUACCAAAUUUGCCAUGAGACAGUAGGAAGGUUUAUCCAAUAUGGCAUUCUUACAGUGGCAGAGCAAGACGAGCAGGAAGAUGUGAGUCCUGGUCUCGCCGAGCAGCAGUGGGACGAGAAGCUUCCUGAGCCUCUGUCUUGGAGAAGCGAUGAGGAAGAUGAAGACAGUGAUUUUGGGGAGGAGCAGCGGGAUUGCUGCCUGAAGGUGAGCCAAUCCAAGGAGCACCAGCAGUUCAUCACAUUCUUGCAGAACCUCCUGGGGCCUCUGCUGGAGGCUUACAGCUCUGCUGCCAUCUUCAUUCACAACUUCAACAGCCCUGUCCCAGAGCCUGAAUAUCUGCAGAAGCUGCACAAGUACCUGAUCACCAGAACAGAAAGAAGUGUUGCAGUGUAUGCUGAGAGUGCCACAUAUUGCCUUGUGAAGAAUGCUGUGAAAAUGUUUAAGGAUAUUGGGGUUUUCAAAGAGACCAAACAAAAGAGAGUGUCUGUUUUAGAACUCAGCAACACUUUUCUACCUCAGUGCAACCGGCAAAAGCUCCUGGAAUAUAUUCUGAGUUUUGUGGUGCUGUAGGUAACUCCUAGCACCCCUGGCAAGUGAGGGGCAUCGGAUGAGUCCCUCAUAGGCUCCAGCCUCUGGCUUGAGAGCUGAGGGUGCCGUCGUGUGGUCGGGCCUGGCCUGGCCUGAUGAGACCUCCUGGAAGACAAGUGCCUUCUCCCUUCCGUGGAGCUGUGAUCACCCCAAGACUGAGAUGAUGUGACAGCCUACAGAUCACACUCUGGGGGCCCAUCAGCCUCCAUUUGCAACUCAUAAUCAAUAGAUUACAAAAUGAAAUCUCAAAAAUUAUUUUGGAGUGUAUUAAAGAUUUACAUUUUAAGUAUAACUGUUAAGGACUAAUUACCAUGAUGGAUGCAAAAAUGUAGUUGUAUUCCAGAACUGAAUCUUGUAUACUUGAUGCUGAUAAGUAAUUCAUUGCAAUAUUUUCUUAUUAACGGUUAAUGCUUCCUUUAAAAAUAAUUGAGUCAUCUCUUCACUUUUUUUUUUUUCAGUUUUAUCUUUGUCAAUAAUAGUGACAUUUUAAAUGGAACACCUUUCAUCCCAAAGUGCUUUACAAAUGGGCUGAUAUGCACUACACCGAGGUACCACUGUGCUGUCUUUGGCAGUCAGAUUUGGAAAGUGUCUUAAGAGCUACAUGAAAACACAAUAUUAGUUUAGGUCAGGAAAAGAAAGAAUAUAAUCAGAUAGCUAAUGUCAGGAAAUAAAAUGUUGGGCCAGCAAAAUUCAAGGUAAACUCAGCCAGAAAACUGAGUCUGAAAACUUUUGCUCAUAUAAAAGUGCCAUUGAGUUUGAAGUGACCAGCAAGUAUUUAGGAAUAAUUCUUGUUUUAUGUCCAUACCCCUUCCCCACCACCUGAGGGUGGAGCUAUUUCGUGGAGAUCCACCACCCAGAUAGGACCUGUCCUCUGGCUGACCUUGGCCUGUGGCAUGAAGCAAGCAUCGGGUUCUCUGGCUGCAGGCUGCUGACCCAGGGCUCUCAGGUACUGCGUUCAGGUUGUGCACUGCGCCUGGUUCUGGGCAACAGACACUCAGGUUGUAGUGUCAAUCUGGGCAGAAUAUGUGGUAGCCCUACUGACUGGUAAAUGUUUGGAGGCAUUUAUGGACUUGUGAUUUUGAGGAAAAACCAUGGUUCUUUAAAAAUGUAUGUGGGUUAUAUGCCUAACCCCUGAUGUGACAGAGUGGCAAAUAAUUAUGAAAAAUUAUCUGUUCCUCAAGGGUAGAUGCCCUUUUGUGAGCAGGGAGUAUAAUUAUAAAUUAAUCAUGGUAAUUAUGGUGAUUUCUUAAAGAUCAUAUGAUAUUAAAAUAUUUUCUAAUAGCUUACUGUCCCCUCUGUCCAUGGUGUUACGGAAUUAGGAAUUUUUCUGCAGAAUAUUAUAUAUAGCCUUUGAAUUUAAUAUAAAAGUACUGAGAAUUAAGUUUGUACACUCAUAAGCUUGGAUUUUAAACACUAAUAGUAUCUCAUGGAUAUUCAGUACGUGUUGGGAGAAGAAAUCGUAUUGAUUCUUCACAAUGUAUGAAAUAUCAUGUUGGAAACUCAGCAUAAGGCUGUGCUCUGCAAUCUUCCACUCUUCUUAAAUUCUGCAUCGAAAAAUAUACCUUUUCUUUUUGGAGACUCAUGUACUGCUAAGCCAUCGUCAAUGUUGUAGAGGCUCUGGUGUGGAGUCGACCUUGACCUUGCAGCAUUCCCCUUGAUUACCCUUCUGCUGGGAUAGAACACCUCUUUUGGCUGGGGCUCUGAGUUUGGGGCUACACCAGAAGAGGUUUUUUUGUCCCCUUGGGUGGUCCUUAUCCAGGCAAGCAGACAUUUCACUUGUCUCUUUCAUUCAUCCUCAAUUAUAGAUCAAGGGUCACUCCAACUCUUAGUUAUCUGGAAAGGAAGGUGGGGACUGACUUCCUAGCGGAUCCUGCUGCCCUGCCCAUGGCAUCUGCUAACAGCAGCUGCCCUGCUGGCCUGAGCAGGGAACAGCCACUUCUCCAGCUUUAUUUUCCCUUUCAGUUGGUUUGUUUUCUAAAAAACUAAUCAAAUGCUUUGGGGAAUGCAGUGUAUGAUUUGCUAGCUCUCUCAACAUUUAACUCACUGUGAGAACAAAUAUGCAUGCUUUUUGUAAUUAAUUGGUGCUUUGAAAACCUUUUACAGGGGAAGAAAAAUCUCAACCAAAGUUAUGCUCAUCCAGACAAGCUGACCCUUGAGUUAAUUUCAGCACAACUCAUUCUCCAGUGCCUCAUUUCUAAAAAAAAAGUGCAUCAUCACAGCAAGGCUUCCAAAUAGCACUAUUUUGCUUAAAUAUUUAUUUUCAUUGUUUUCUAAAAGCAAAUGGCUUCCAUUAAGAUUAAAUAAACUAGGUGCUUGUAAAUAACUUAUUACAGUUUACUGCAUUUCUAUAAAACUGAAAUGCACGCCCUCCAAGGGAAGACUGUGAGUCAAGUUAAAAAACAAACAAAACCCAAUAACUAGCAAUAUGAAAUCACACUCUUUCAAAAUGAGAAAAUCCUAAGGGAUUUCAGAAUAGAGGAAGGAAUUUUUAUUCUCUUAAAUUUAAGAGAAUCAAAGGGAAAGAUCUAGUGGGAAAUGUGUAGAACUAGUAGCAGGAAGUACUGAGUCUUCCUUCUCAGAUCUGUUAAAUCUCUGGAAGUGGGGAGGAUGAGUGUAGAAAACACAUCAGGGAUUACAAUGAAUAUAAACUAUUUCUGUGGAAUUUCCAGUCAUCUAAAGGGGAAAAGUGUUUCCCAUAGUUCUCCAUAUAGUAAGUGCUUUGUGAGAUGUUCAUAGGUGUUUUGUAGAUUAAAUAGAGCUGGAAAAAUAAAUUUGUACAUGGAUCCUCCCUCUUUCCUAGAAACUUAGAGUGCCCUUUGGCGUGGUAAGGGCUCAGGGUCUGCCAGGACCAAGCCUGUCUAACCCAGCAUUUCCAAACUUGUGACUCCAGGACCACUUUUCCCUAUGGGACACCUGUGAACUUCUCACUGGUAGCCCAUGGAACACAUUUUAGGAAACACUAUGGUAGGUAAUUCUCUUAGGGGACAAAGCAGUAACAGAUGGCAGAAUCCACAUGCAUUUUGGAUGAUCAAAGGUUACAUUGAAUGGAUGUGUGUUUCCUUCCCUGGAGACAGUAAGCACAGAAAACCAUCAUACAGGGGCUCAGGGCGCUUUCCUUUGAUGGAAAGACCAGCUGUCAAUGACCCUGGGUUUUUCACUGAAAGUAGUAAAGUUAACAUAAGGAUUAAUUGGGGUAAAUAACUAAGAUUUUAGUUUAGAUCUAGAAGAAAAUAUUGCACAAUUGAAUGCAAGUUUUUAUCUAUAGGUAGUUCUAGCAUUUAGAAAUGGUAGAACCUAUCACUGAAGUUUCUAAGACUGAAUUUGGAUGUAAAUCUGUUUUUUAAAACACUUUUUAGGAACUUGCGACUUGGCAUUUGGCAUUUUAGUUUAAUACAAACUAAUGAUUGCAUUUGAAAGAGACUUGACUUUAUUUCUAAAUAUCUGAAGCUCUGAAUGCCUUGAUGGAAGGUGUUGAACUGUUUUCCUGUUGUACAGAGAAACAUUAAGUUGUUAUAAAAAGAAUUAUUAUAAAGUACUGUGAUAAUAAUACUGCGUGAUUUUGUGAGUGAAACUUACUUGGAAAUGUUGACUGAUUUUUAUGCCUGUUAAUGUAUUGUAAGAAGCACAGAAGUGUAGUUUUAUGUUAAUAAACCAAAAAAUGAAUAUA